GUGGGCUUGCCUGCUAAGUCUGGGGUGUCUGGAGCGGUUCUGUUGGUUGUCCCUAACGUCAUGGGAGUGAUGUGUUGGUCACCUCCUUUAGACAAGGUUGGAAACAGUGUCCGAGGAAUACACUUCUGCCAGGAGCUGGUGUCUUCGUUUAACUUCCAUAACUAUGACAACCUGAGACACUUUGUCAAGAAGCAGGACCCUCGAAGGCAGGACGGGGAUGAUAGGAACAAGUCUGUGGUGAACUUGAUGUUUGCGGCCUACAGUGGAGAUGUGUCAGCCCUCAGAAGGUUUGCUCUGUCCUCGAUGGACAUGGAGCUGAAAGACUACGACUCUCGGACAGCUCUACACGUGGCUGCAGCAGAGGGUCAUGUAGAAGUGGUACGGUUCCUAACAGACACCUGCAAAGUGAACCCCUUUGUGAAAGAUAGGUGGAGCAGCAUUCCCCUGGACGAUGCCCUGCAGUUUGGCCACGGUGCCGUGGUGAAGGUCUUACAGGAGUACCAGGUGGCUUGCCAGGAACAGGACAGACUACCAGUGGCUGAUAUCAUCCCCAUCCCCCCCAAACUAGAGACUGUAGAAGGCAUGGUGUGAUCAGGGGGGCCGUUGGGAUCAGGCUCUACCAUUAGGAGUGCUGAUCUACCAUCAAUUUUGGCGUAAUGAAACAGAUAAUUAUAGACAUUGAGGAUCUGAUCCUAGAUCAGCACUCCUACUUGAUAAAUCAUUAGGCCCCAAACGGAAGAAAACGUACUGAAACAUGGAGGGACUUCAAAUCCAAUAACAAACACUCAUUUUAGUUUUCAGUUGCAAAUGGUAGUGUCCGAAGUGGCACUCUAUUUUAUAUAGGCCUUUAGUGCAUUCGUUUUGGUUAGUAGUGUGUAUAAGGAAUAGGGAUGCCAUUAGGGACGCAACCCUCUACACGCUUAGAAAAAGGUAUCUAGAACCUAAAAGGGUUCUUCGGAUGUCCCUAUUGGAGAACCCUUUGAAGAACCCUUUUUGGUUCCAGGUAGAACUCUUUUGGGGUUCCAUGUAGAACCCUUUCCACCGAGUGUUCUACAUGGCCCCCACAAGGGUUCUACUUGGAACCAAAAGAACAAUUUUGGAACCUUUUUUUCCCCUAAGAGUGUCGUGUUACUCCUUCCACCAGGACUUGUCUCUCUGACGUCCCUGGGUGCGUCCCAAUAAUAUAUACUUUCUCCUGAAGUGUACACUCGUUCACUACUUCCCACAAAUCUAAAAGCAUUGGAUUGGUGGAGGCGUGGGCCAGUGGGUGUUUCCACCUUAUUUCUUAUACCAGUCAUUGUUCUUCAAAUCUGUGAAAUGCACGCUUUGGGAAGAAGGAGAGAUCUUUGGGACAGACUCCCUAUCUUGUAUGCAAUAUUUACUCCUCUCCUAGGUUGGACUUAUAUACAGGAGGACACCUGAGAGUGAGCCUGGACAUGUACAGGAGGAGACUUGUGAGUGAGGCUGGACAUGUAUGUACAGGAGGAGACCUGUGAGUGAGGCUGGACAUGUACAGGAGGAGACCUGUGAGUGAGGCUGGACAUGUACAGGAGGAGACCUGUGAGUGAGGCUGGACAUGUACAGGAGGAGACCUGUGAGUGAGGCUAGACAUGUAUGUACAGGAGGAGACCUGUGAGUGAGGCUGGACAUGUACAGGAGGAGACCUGUGAGUGAGGCUAGACAUGUAUGUACAGGAGGAGACCUGUGAGUGAGGCUAGACAUGUAUGUACAGGAGGAGACCUGUGAGUGAGGCUGGACAUGUACAGGAGGAGACCUGUGAGUGAGGCUGGACAUGUACAGGAGGAGACCUGUGAGUGAGGCUGGACAUGUACAGGAGGAGACCUGUGAGUGAGGCUGGA